AUGGCGUCGAACAAGGUCAUUAUGGCGAGCCCUCGCUUUAUUUGCCGCAGCUGCUCUCGCCAGGCGCGCGGUUCUGCCUCUUAUCGACGGUCUUAUGCGACAGCUUCUUCCCAGGACAUCUACGAUGUGGUUUGCAUCGGAGGUGGUCCUGCUGGACUGAGUCUCCUCACUGCGCUGCGCGCCAAUCCCACCACAUCUCGCCUCCGCGUCGCCUUGGUAGAAGCUCAGGACCUCUCCAAGACAGCUUCCCUCUCUCUACCGCCGACCCAAUUCUCCAACCGAUGCAGCUCCCUCACACCUACAACAGCCCAGUAUCUAAACACUAUCGGGGUGUGGCCGCAUAUGAAGCGCAGUCGCAUCCAAGAGUUUCACGAGAUGCAGGUCUGGGACGGCGUGACGGAUGCCCGCAUAGAGUUUGAUUAUCAGUUCGGCUCCUCCGUCAGUCAAGGAAACGUUAUUGCUUAUAUGGUUGAGAAUAUAAAUAUCACAUCUGGUCUUUUGAAGAGACUAAAGGAACUCGGCGGGGUGGAUGUUUUCGAUAGCUCAAGAGUUGAAAAAAUUACGUUUGGAGAGGAAACCGAGGACCUGGAUCUGACAGAAUGGCCUGUUGUGCACUUGCAAGGCGGCAAGUCUCUGGCAGCUCGACUCCUUGUUGGAGCUGACGGCGCCAACAGCCCUGUGCGAUCAUUCGCACGUAUUGAAAGCCGGGGUUGGGACUAUGACCGGCACGGGCUUGUCGCAACGCUGGAGCUGGAGGGCGAUGGAUGGGGUGGCGAGUAUCGGAAAACCGCAUAUCAGCGAUUUCUUCCAACUGGACCUGUUGCCAUGCUUCCAUUGCCUGGAAACUACGCAACUCUGGUCUGGUCAACCACGCCUGCAAAUGCCGCGCUGCUGAAAAAGCUGUCUACCAAGGAUUUUAUUGCGCUGGUCAACUCUGCUUUUCGACUUAGCCCCGUUGACCUGGCUUAUAUGCACACUCAGGCUACCGGACAGGAGGAUGAGCUUGUUUGGAGGCUUCAGCAUACGAAUUUCGACCCUGAGGCCAUCCCGCAGCUUGUUGUUGGCGUUCAAGAGGGCAGCGUCGCAUCGUUCCCCCUGAAAUUCCGACAUGCAGACUCUUACAUCAGUGAGCGUAUCGCUCUUGUCGGUGACGCGGCGCAUAGCGUCCAUCCGCUUGCCGGACAGGGCCUGAAUCAAGGACAGGGCGAUAUCCAGAGCCUGGUCAAGACCAUCGAGUACGCUGUAUCUCAUGGCCAAGAUUUAGGAACGCAGAUGGCUCUCGAGUCGUAUAACAGCGAGAGAUAUGCUGCAAACCACGUGUUGAUGGGGGUGUGUGAUAAGCUUCACAAGCUGUACUCUGUGGGGAGCGGUCCCCUGAUCCCCCUGAGGUCGCUGGGUUUGAAGGCCGCCAAUGCCCUCGGGCCGCUCAAGAACUUUUUCAUGGAUCAGGCCUCUGGUCGGGGGCUGAGGGUUUGA